AUGAGCUCCUUAAAAUUCGUGGUGUCCUCUCUGGACGCCAUUGCAACCUCCAAAGAUGCCCAGCGAAAUAAGCAGCUGGCCGACUUGACCAAGACAGCGCUCGAUGCCAUCAAAGAGCAGGAUCAGCUGCCUGACCCCGAGAUCGUUUUCGCGCCACUUCAGCUCGCAACCAAGACCAACAGCCCGCAGCUCACAACCACAGCCCUCGACUGCAUUGGAAAGCUGAUAUCGUAUUCAUACUUCUCUCUCCAUAACAAGGAUGAAGCGCAUAAAGAAGGUGCUGAGCCGGCAUCCCCGCUAAUUGAACGAGCCAUCGAUACCAUAUGCGACUGUUUCCAAGGCGAGACCACGGCCGUCGAGGUCCAGCUCCAGAUCGUCAAGUCGCUUCUGGCAGCCGUCUUGAAUGAUAAAAUCGUUGUUCACGGAGCAGGUCUACUGAAAGCUGUGCGCCAAGUCUACAAUGUCUUCCUGCUCUCUCGGAGUACGGCCAAUCAGCAGGUUGCGCAAGGCACCCUGACACAAAUGGUUGGCACCGUCUUUGAGCGAGUAAAGACCAGACUUCACAUGAAGGAAACCAGAUUGAGCUUGAACAAUCUUAACCACGGCGCAAGCAAUGUUACCUUUGAGCAAUCCGAGGUUGCCAACGGUACCCAGCACAGUGACGACGGCGAAGAUACCUCAACUGCACCACCUGAAAGCAGCGAUGGUCCGGAAGAGCCGGUCAGUGCCGCCAAACUCACGCUCAAAGAUCUUGAGCAUCGCAAAAGUUUCGACGAUUCCACCCUCGGCGAUGGACCUACAAUGGUUACGCGACUCAAGUCAGAUAAAAAAGACGAAAGUGACGUGUCCGUGUCGGGCCAGUCUCUCCCACAAGAAGACAGCGAUGCACUAGACGCUGAGGACGAGGUGUACAUCCGAGAUGCCUACCUCGUGUUCCGGUCUUUCUGCAAUUUGUCGACCAAGGUUCUGCCCCCCGACCAGUUGUUCGACUUGCGAGGCCAGCCAAUGCGUUCCAAGCUGGUCUCUCUACACCUCAUCCACACCCUUCUUAAUAACAACAUUGCCGUCUUUACUUCGCCUCUCUGUACUAUUACGAGCUCCAAGAGCAACGAGCCCACCACUUUUCUUCAAGCCAUUAAAUUUUAUCUUUGCCUUAGCAUUACACGCAAUGGAGCCAGUUCGGUGGAUAGAAUCUUUGAUAUCUGCUGUGAGAUUUUUUGGCUCAUGCUAAAGUACAUGCGCCCCUCAUUCAAGAAAGAAAUCGAGGUCAUUCUCAACGAGAUUUAUCUGGCCCUCUUGUCCCAAAAGAAUGCGCCCCUGACGCAGAAGCUGUAUUUCGUCUCCAUUCUGAACCGCCUUUGCGCCGACCCUCGAGCUUUGGUUGAAACCUAUCUCAACUACGAUUGUGAUCAGUCAGUAGAGAACAUCUUCCAGACGGUCAUUGAAGACCUGUCCAAAUUUGCGACGGCGCCUGUUGCGAUUACUUCCAUUCAUGAGCAGGCGUACGAGGAGCAGAGGGCGAAAACUACACCAGCCAGCGAGUGGCAGCUCAAGGGCAUUCUGCCCCCUUCUCUUACUGUUGCACAGAUUAUCCCGUCACAAGAAGGCGAGACCGACUAUCCCAAGGAAUAUGCAAUCAAACGUCUGUCACUAGAGGCUCUUGUCGAGACCCUUCGCUCUUUGGUCAACUGGUCCGCCUCCGUACGCUCGGAGGGCGAAAAUCUCCGUCCGGAUGGAGAUACCAGGACCUCUUUUGACGAGCUGCGGCCGUCUAUCGACCCCACUACAAGCGAAAAUGCAUCUCGGCUCGACACCCCUCUACCACCCUCGACCCCUGUAUUUGAAGAUGACCCCGAUCAUCUAAGCAAAGAGAAAGCCAGGAAAACGGCUCUCAUGAAGGGAAUUAGGCAGUUCAACUUUAAGCCCAAACGCGGUAUUGAAAUGCUUAUUCGCGAUGGGUUCAUUGCGAGCGACACGCCUCAGGAUAUUGCCACUUUCUUAUUGAAUGAGGACAAGCUGGACAAAGCACAGAUUGGCGAGUAUCUUGGUGAAGGAGACCAAAAGAACAUUGACACCAUGCACGCGUUUGUGGACUCGAUGGACUUCACCAAAAAGCGGUUUGUCGAUGCUCUUCGCCAUUUCUUGCAGUCGUUCCGUCUACCAGGAGAAGCACAGAAGAUUGAUCGAUUCAUGCUCAAGUUUGCCGAGCGUUAUGUCCUUGGCAAUCCCAACGCCUUUGCCAAUGCUGACACGGCAUAUGUGCUGGCAUACUCUGUCAUCUUGCUGAAUACGGAUUUGCACAGCAGCAAGAUUGCCAAAAGAAUGACCAAGGAAGAAUUUAUCCGAAACAAUGCGGGCAUCAAUGACAAUGCCGAUUUGCCUCACGAUUAUCAAAUCACCAUCUACGAGGAAAUCGCCAGCAAUGAAAUCGUUUUGAAGAGUGAGCGCUUGGGACAGGCUUUCUCGAAUGUUGGACGUGACUUGCAACGAGAGGCUUAUAUGCAGCAAUCAGAAGAGAUUGCGCUGCGCUCAGAACAGCUUUUCAAGAACUUGUUCAAGAGUCAGCGACGAAACGCCUCCAAGACGGCGCCAAAGUACAUUGAGGCAACGUCCUUCAAGCACGUAGAAGCCAUGUUUGACAUCACAUGGAUGUCCAUCUUCUCUGCGCUUUCAGGGCAAAUGCAAAAAGCACAUAACCUCGAGGUUAACAAGCUUUGCUUGGAGGGCAUGCGGCUGGCAACCCAAAUUGCUUGCCUCUUCCAUCAGUCAACACCUCGAGAAGCGUUCAUUUCCGCACUCCGAAAUGCCACAAAUUUGAAUAAUCCUCAAGAGAUGCAGGCUAAGAACAUUGAGGCACUGAAGGUGAUACUGGAUCUCGCCCAAACAGAGGGCAAUGUUCUCCAGGAGUCGUGGAAGGAUAUCCUCAUGUGCAUUAGUCAAUUGGAUCGCCUGCAGCUGAUCUCUGGCGGUGUCGACGAGAGCGCCAUUCCAGAUGUUUCCCAGUUAAAAAAUCGACCGCGGCAGAGGUCUGCUACUGGACCCCGUGGCUUCUCUAACGAAAUUGCACUUGAGAGCCGCUCUGAUGAGCUUAUCCGAAGCGUAGACCGAAUCUUCUCCAACACUGCGAACCUCUCGGGUGAAGCUAUGGUUUACUUUGCUAAGGCCCUGACUGAGAUUGUUGAGAUCAGCUACUACAACAUGAAUCGUGUGAGAUUUGAAUGGAGCAACAUCUGGGUCGUUCUCGGCGAGCACUUCAACCAAGUUGGCUGCCACAACAACAUGAACAUUGUAUUCUUUGCUUUGGACUCUUUGCGCCAGCUGUCGAUGCGAUUUAUGGAAAUUGAAGAGCUGGCGGGAUUCAAGUUCCAAAAGGACUUCCUCAAGCCUUUUGAGCAUGUCUUGUCCAAUUCUCACAACAUCACCGUCAAAGACAUGGUGCUGCGAUGUCUCAUUCAGAUGAUUCAAGCUCGAGGAGACAACAUCCGCUCUGGUUGGAGGACCAUGUUUGGCGUCUUCACAGUUGCUGCACGAGAGCCGUACGAGAGCAUUGUCAACCUUGCCUAUGAAAAUGUCAAUCAGGUUUACAAGGAGAAAUUCGGUGUCGUUAUUUCUCAGGGAGCUUUCACGGAUCUUAUCAAAAAGAGUUUGGGCGCCCUGGAGCUGCUCAAGUCGAUUAUCCCGACGAUGCUUAAAACUCCAGAGUGCCCGCUAUCUCAUGAACCGUGGAAUGCUUCCAGGGCUGAAAACGGUGAUCCACCUCCAAGUAUCAAGAAGGUCCAGACAAAGACGUCAAUGGAAGAGGGCUACUGGUUCCCCGUACUCUUUGCUUUCCAUGACGUGCUGAUGACCGGUGAAGACCUCGAGGUUCGGUCAAAUGCCCUGGAAUACUUCUUUGCCGCACUCCUCAAGUACGGAGGCGGCUUUACCCAAGCAUUCUGGGAUAUUCUCUGGAGACAGCAGCUCUAUCCUAUCUUUAUGGUCUUGCGAUCGCGGCCAGAGAUGACCAAUGUUCUGAACCACGAGGAAUUAUCAGUCUGGCUGUCAACUACCAUGAUUCAAGCCUUGCGCAACAUGAUUACGCUAUUUACUCACUAUUUUGACGCCCUCGAAUACAUGCUGGACAGAUUCCUGGAGCUGCUAGCUCUGUGCAUAUGUCAAGAAAAUGAUACGAUAUCUCGAAUUGGCAGCAACUGCUUACAGCAGCUGAUAUUGAAAAAUGUGACGAAAUUUAGCCUGGUACAUUGGACAAAGAUUGUUGGAGCGUUUUGCGAGCUUUUCGACCGAACAACAGCAUACCAGCUAUUCACCGCGGCAAAUAUGGAGGCAUCUACUUCUUUCCCGCUAGCAUCAUCCAACGGACUUGAGUUUACUUCGCCUCUCAGCCCAACUACAGCCGAGGCUCCUGCAGAUGAAAAGUCUCUCAAGAUCAACGCCCGCCGGCGAUUCUUCAACCGCAUCAUUUCUCGCUGCGUCCUUCAACUGCUCAUGAUUGAGACGGUCAACGAGCUCUUUAGCAAUGACACCGUGUACACCAACAUCCCCUCCACUGAGCUGCUUCGACUCAUGGCUCUUUUGAAGCGCUCCUUCCAGUUCGCACGCCGCUUCAACGAGGAUAAAGAGCUUCGGAUGAGGCUGUGGCGCGAGGGCUUUAUGAAGCAGCCGCCCAACUUGUUGAAGCAGGAAAGCGGUGCUGCGGCGACGUACGUCUCUAUCCUGUUCAGGAUGUUUGUAGACGAUGCGCCGGAGCGACUGAAGAGCAGACCUGACAUUGAAGCUGCCCUCGUACCACUCUGCGAGGACAUCAUCACGGGAUACUCCAUGUUGGUGGAAGAGAGCCAGCAGAGGAACAUUAUUGCGUGGAGACCAGUCGUCGUCGACGUGCUGGAGGGAUACGCCACUUUCCCUGAAGAUGCCUUUAAGGCUCACCUGGCCUCCUUUUACCCGCUGGCCAUUGACCUGCUUCAGAAGGACUUGACGGCGGAUCUGCGCGGUGCGCUGCUCGUCGUCUUGCGGAGAGUCGGCGAGGUGUAUCUGGGGAUUGAAGGCAUGACAAAGGUUGGGGACAAGAGGAGAGAUAGUUUGGCCAGCGCUAAUGCUGAGGAGGUUUCGGGCGGGUCGGAGGCUGCUGCACGGAAGAUGCUAUGA